CUUCUUUGAGAUGCUCAGGCCUAUAUAAGGUGUAAUGGUUGACAAAAAGAAAUAGAGACACUUGGAUAGAUUUCAGGGCUUUGAGACACCUGUGGCACCUUUUCAACCACACCAUGUGGAAGGCAGCGCUCUUAACCCUGGGCUUGUUGGUGGCACUGGUAGACAGGGUUCAACCUAAUGAUGCCCAUCCCUCUUUCUAUGGGGUGAAACUGUGUGGAAGGGAGUUCAUACGAGCUGUCAUUUUCACCUGUGGCGGUUCUCGGUGGAGGAGAAGUGUCGGAGAUUCAGCUCUCAUUGGAGAAGAAACUUUUGACCCUUGGAAAACAAAUCCCAUCCCUCAACUCACCAGUGAGCAGGAUCCUGAGUCCCAACCAUGGAGAGAUCAAACGAUGGAACGGGCAUCUGUGGCUGCUGGUUUCGACCGCUCAGCUCGCUUGCCAGUUUCAGAGGAGGUACUGGAGGCUUUGCGGAGUGCAGAUAGAAAAGGGCGGGAUGUGGUGGUCGGACUGUCCAACGCAUGCUGCAAGUGGGGCUGUAGCAAGAGUGAAAUCAGCUCUCUGUGCUGAGCUGGGUUUCUUCAAUAUACACCUUAGUCAUGUCACUGUUGGAGAGUUACACUAUUUUCUCAUGUGAAUUCUUAAAAUUUCACUUUCAUCCAUCUUGCUGUGCAUGUGUUGACUAGUGAUACAUGAAUGUGAAUAUGCACUCAAAAGUUUGUUGUUGUGAUCAGCACAGAUUGAUUUGUGUAAUAAAUCUUGGUGUAGUUGGUCUGAUA